GAAUGCAAAAGAGACCAACCACUUGGAAUGAUAUCCGGCAAAAUUCAGGACUGGCAGAUAUCCGCUUCCUCGACUUUUCCGCGGGAAUGGGACCCCCACUGUGCCCUCAGGUUUGCCAGGCUCUUCCAAGAUGGAGACCAGUGUUGGUGUAGUAAGUUCAAAUCCAGCUCUGAGUGGCUGCAAAUUGACAUGGGCCUGCCUACUAAGGUUAGAUUGGGUAGGGGGUUUGUAUAG